CCAGGAAUUGAUGCGCUUUCAAUUGGCGGGUCAUUAUGCUGCUCCACCUGUGUAGUGUUAAGAAUCUGUACCAAAACAGGUUCCUGGGCCUGGCAGCCAUGGCGUCUCCAUCCAGGAACUCUCAGAGUCGGCGGCGGUGCAAAGAACCGCUCAGAUACAGCUAUAACCCUGACCAGUUCCAUAACAUGGACAUCAGGAACAAUGCCCAUGAGGCAGUCACCAUUCCUAGGUCCACCAGUGACACGGACCUCGUCACUUCCGACAGCCGCUCCACCCUGAUGGUCAGCAGCUCCUAUUAUUCCAUCGGGCACUCACAAGACCUAGUGAUAUACUGGGAUAUAAAAGAAGAAGUGGAUGCAGGGGACUGGAUUGGCAUGUAUCUCAUAGAUGAGGUCUUGUCUGAAAACUUUUUGGACUACAAGAAUCGUGGCGUCAACGGCUCUCAUCGUGGUCAGAUUAUCUGGAAGAUUGAUGCCAGCUCUUACUUUGUAGAACCUGAAACAAAAAUCUGCUUCAAGUACUACCAUGGCGUGAGUGGAGCACUGCGAGCCACAACCCCCAGUGUCACGGUGAAAAACAACGCGGCUCCCAUUUUUAAAAGCAUCACCAAUGAAGAAUCAAUCCAGGGACAAGGAAGUCGGAGACUGAUCAGUUUUUCACUGUCAGAUUUCCAGGCUUUUGGUCUGAAGAAAGGGAUGUUUUUCAAUCCAGAUCCUUAUCUGAAGAUUUCCAUCCAGCCUGGAAAACAUAGCAUCUUCCCAGCACUUCCUCAUCAUGGACAGGAGAAGAGAUCCAAAAUCAUGUGUAAUACUGUUAACCCUGUCUGGCAAGGAGAGCAGUUCAGCUUUGUCUCCCUGCCCACUGAUGUCCUGGAGAUAGAAGUAAAGGACAAAUUUGCGAAGAGCCGACCGAUCAUCAAGCGCUUCCUCGGAAAACUUUCCAUGCCGGUUCAGCGCCUCUUGGAGAGACAUGCCAUAGGGGACAGAGUUGUAAGCUACACUCUGGGUCGCAGGCUUCCUACAGAUCACGUCAGUGGCCAGCUCCAGUUCCGGUUUGAGAUAACUUCUUCCAUCCAUCCAGAUGAUGAGGAGGUCUCCAUUAGUGCAGAACCUGAGCCAGCUGACCUCCAGGAAAGCCCUGUGAACAACCCCACAGAGGAAAGCCUCGGUGAGCCUCCAUGCAUCAACACAGUGACCUCAGAAAGUACAGCUCCAGAACAGCUAAAUGGAUACAGUGUGAACAAUAUCGAUAGCCCAGGGGCUAUGAAACCACCUGGGGAAGGCUACCAGAACAGCUUAAAUGAAGAGCUAGCAGGAGAUGGGGAGGUUGAUGCAGUGCCUGUUCCUGAACACUUGGAAUCGAACCCAGGAGAAGUGCUGCCUUCUUUGAGUGCUACGGACCUCACGGAGCAACUGGCUCUGCUGGCUUGCAUGUCUCCUCUUGAGACUGAAGUUAGGGAAAAUAAUAAAGUCGAUUUUGGUUCUCAGGGAGAUGGUGAAGUCUUAACCAGCAUAGAAGCGUUAGAUAUUGAUGAGGUGAGUGCAGAUGUGCAUGCUGGCAAGGAUCUAGAGAAGAGUCAGGACGAAGAAGGGGCUUCAGCCCAGGAAGAGGAAGACAACAAGCUACAGCUAAGGACCACAGCAAAGAGGAAAAACAGGCCAUGCUCCCUGCCUGUGUCCGAACUUGAGACAGUCAUAGCUUCGGCUUGCGGUGAGCCAGAGACCCCUCGCACACACUACAUACGGAUCCACAACCUGCUCCACAGCCUGCCCUCAGCGCAGAUGAGCAGCGAUGGGGAAGAAGAGCAAGAUGGUGCCAACAAUGGCGAAAACGAUGAGGAGUCCACGGUCAAGGAGGCGUUGGAGAAGGACACAGUCAGCGAGAGUGAGACAGUGGCAGCAGAGCCUCCCGUGGAGAGCGAGGCUGAAGAGAACUUCAGCCAGCGCACGGUGCCCCCCGGGACUUCGGCCGAGCAGCUCGCUGACUUAAACGAAGGGCUGUUGGAUGGGGAGCACCCCAGGACAGGGAGCGAGAGCGAGUCAAGCUCCAGGCCCAAUGGGGACAACGAAUGCGAGGCGUGUGACACGUCGUGCUACAGCCCCUCGUGCUACAGCACCUCCUGCUAUAGCACCUCCUGUUACAGCACCUCUUGCUACAGCACCUCCUGCUACGACAGUAACAACCGCUUCUCCAGCCAUACUCGCUUCUCCUCUGUCGACAGUGCAAAGAUUUCUGAAAGCACCGUCUUUUCCUCACAGGAUGAUGAGGAAGAGGAGAACAGUGCUUUUGAGUCAGUGCCAGAUUCAGUACAGAGCCCUGAGCUGGACAGGGAGCAAGUGGAUGGCUCCUCCCAGUGGCCAGAUGAACUAGUAGCUCAUGGUGGGAAUCCACAAAGAGCCACAGAGGGUCUAGACACUCCAGUAGCAGGUCCAAGCAGCAGAAGAGAAGGUGAUUGCCCUUUACUCCAUAAUUCUCAGCCAGUCAGCCAGCUUCCUUCCCUGAGGCCUGACCAUCAUCACUACCCAACUAUCGAUGAGCCUCUUCCACCAAACUGGGAGGCACGCAUCGACAGCCACGGCAGGGUGUUCUACGUGGACCACGUCAACCGCACCACCACGUGGCAGCGUCCCACCACGGCGGCCACGGGCCCCCGCCGCUCCGGAUCCGUACAGCAAAUGGAGCAGCUCAACCGGCGAUACCAAAAUAUCCAGCGAACGAUUGCGACAGAGAGGACCGAGGAUGAUGCCAUAGUUAACAACAGAGUGGAAAGAGUUCCCACUGGGGGAGGAAGUGACUCCGAGGCAGAGCCAUCCCAGACAAGCUCAGAAAUUAGGAGAGAAGGUUCCCUUUCUCCCGUGAAUUCUCAAAAAAUCACCUUGUUGCUGCAGUCUCCAGCCGUAAAGUUCAUCACCAAUCCUGAGUUCUUCACUGUGCUGCAUGCAAACUAUAGUGCCUAUCGAGUCUUCACUAACAGUACCUGCCUGAAGCACAUGAUUCUCAAGAUCCGUAGAGAUGCUCGUAAUUUUGAGCGCUAUCAGCACAACAGAGACCUGGUAAAUUUUAUCAACAUGUUUGCUGAUACCCGUCUGGAACUUCCUCGUGGCUGGGAGAUAAAGACUGACCAACAGGGCAAGUCUUUCUUUGUUGACCACAACAGUCGUGCUACCACCUUCAUAGAUCCCAGGAUCCCGCUGCAGAAUGGUCGUCUCCCCAACCACCUGACGCACAGGCAGCACCUGCAGCGGCUGCGGAGCUACAGCGCUGGAGAGGCCUCCGAAGUCUCGCGAAACAGAGGAGUGACUCUCCUAGCCAGACCAGGCAAUAGUCUCGUAACAGCUAUUCGAAACCAGCACCAUCAGGAGGCACUACCUCUGGCUUACAAUGACAAGAUUGUUGCUUUUCUACGCCAACCCAACAUUUUUGAGAUGCUGCAGGAGCGUCAGCCCAGCUUGGCCAGAAAUCAUGCGCUCAGGGAGAAGAUCCAUUACAUUCGAACAGAGGGUACACAUGGGCUUGAAAAGUUGUCGUGUGAUGCAGAUUUAGUAAUUCUCUUGAGCCUUUUUGAAGAGGAUAUUAUGUCCUACAUACCACUGCAGGCUGCCUUCCAUCCUGGUUACAGUUUCUCUCCUCGCUGUUCUCCCUGCUCAUCACCUCAAAAUUCUCCAGGACUACAGCGAGCAAGUGCAAGAGCACCCUCUCCAUACAGGAGGGACUUCGAAGCCAAGCUACGUAAUUUCUAUCGAAAACUUGAAGCCAAAGGAUAUGGGCAAGGUCCAGGUAAAAUAAAGUUAAUUAUACGACGUGAUCACUUGCUUGAAGGCACCUUCAACCAGGUGAUGGCCUAUUCACGCAAGGAGCUCCAGCGGAACAAACUCUACGUCACGUUUGUUGGAGAGGAAGGGUUGGACUACAGCGGCCCAUCCCGAGAAUUCUUCUUCCUACUGUCUCAGGAGCUCUUCAAUCCCUAUUAUGGGCUGUUUGAGUACUCAGCCAAUGACACAUACACUGUACAGAUCAGCCCCAUGUCUGCCUUUGUGGAAAAUCACCUGGAAUGGUUCAGGUUCAGUGGUCGUAUUCUUGGCCUUGCUCUCAUUCAUCAGUACCUUCUUGAUGCUUUCUUCACAAGGCCGUUCUACAAAGCACUACUAAGACUGCCAUGUGAUUUAAGUGAUUUGGAGUACCUGGAUGAAGAGUUCCAUCAGAGUUUGCAGUGGAUGAAGGACAAUAACAUCACAGAUAUCCUGGAUCUCACCUUCACAGUGAAUGAGGAGGUGUUUGGACAGGUGACAGAAAGGGAACUGAAAUCUGGAGGGGCAAAUACGGCAGUGACAGAAAAGAAUAAAAAAGAGUACAUAGAGAGAAUGGUGAAAUGGCGUGUGGAACGAGGAGUUGUUCAGCAAACAGAGGCCUUGGUCCGGGGCUUCUACGAAGUCGUAGACUCCAGGCUUGUCUCUGUUUUUGAUGCCAGAGAACUGGAGCUGGUUAUUGCUGGCACUGCAGAAAUAGAUCUCAAUGACUGGCGUAACAACACAGAGUAUCGUGGAGGUUACCAUGAUGGACACAUAGUAAUACGGUGGUUCUGGGCAGCAGUGGAGAGAUUUAACAACGAGCAGAGACUGCGGUUGUUGCAGUUUGUCACUGGAACAUCAAGCGUGCCCUAUGAGGGCUUUGCGGCUCUCCGGGGCAGCAACGGUCUGCGGCGCUUCUGUAUAGAGAAAUGGGGGAAAAUAACAUCCCUCCCAAGGGCACACACAUGUUUCAACCGUUUGGAUCUUCCACCUUACCCCUCAUAUUCUAUGCUGUAUGAAAAGCUGUUGACAGCUGUUGAAGAAACUAGUACCUUUGGACUUGAAUGAGGGAGUUCAGGCACUUCUGGUGUUUUUCUGGCUGAUGAUGUCACCUUUCCUUUCCACCAUCAUUUGAUUUUGGUUUCCCAUGUUUUUAUUUUUGAAAACAAACAAACAAAAAUCAAGAUUGAUAAAAGCUGUGCAUGAAGAACUGCCGCCCUCUAAGAUCUAACCUUCAUGCUUUCAUCCUCUGUUUCCAAUGGACUGCUAGUCUGUAUGCAAUAGAAAAACAACUGUCUCAAGGUUUCUGUAUAUCUCUACAUACCUCCAUUAAUAACAAUGAAAAUACAAAUGCAAGUUACGCUACACUUGACCAAAUGUUAAUAAAUGUUUACUUCCACCUACGUUGAUUAAAAAAUAAAAAAAAAAAUCCUCAUCAAGCA